AUGUGUUCCAAGGAAACGUGGAAUGUAAAUGUGGAUAGAUUGGCAAGAAGCAACUGCGUGUAUCGAGAGAAUAUUCGAAAGUCGCUCAUCUACCCAACAGCAGAUAGCAGCGAUGAACGAUGUUCAUUGCGAAGCGUGUCUCUCAUUGAGUUAAAUUCCAACAUCGAUCAAUCGAGCGAAGAUUAUUUGAAUUUUAAGACACAACUACGAUGGACUAACAGCACUUUGGUCCCAUUCACUACCGUCGACGAAUGCAUUAACUUUCUUACUAACUACAAAAACGAACGGAUUUUCAUUAUUCUAUCCAAUACACUCGGAAAGACGAUAGUACCUCGCAUUCAUGAUCUACAUCAACUCGAUUCGAUAGUUAUCUUUGACAACAGUCAAACUUUGAAUGACGAAUGGAUGAAAAACUGGCGAAAAAUGAGAGGUACGCACAGUCAACUAACUUCAAUUUGCAACUUAUUAGCAUCAAUCGUGCAACAGCAUAGCCAAAAUGUUGUUCCUAUUAGUUUGGCAUCGGCUGAUAUCGGAUCGAAGACGAGUUUGGACGAACUUGAUCAUACCUUCAUGUACACUCAGUUACUAAAAGAAAGUUUAUUAGAUAUUGACCAUGACAAGACCGAAUGCGUCCACACGUUUGCUGACUAUUGGAGACAUCAAUGUCCGUAUAACACACCCGAAAUUGAUAAAUUUGAAAAAGAAUAUCCUCUUCACAGUCCGACUUGGUGGUAUUCUAACACAGUAUUUCUUUUUGAAUGCGUGAAUCAAGCUUUACGUACUCUGGAUGUAGAUAUUAUAUUGAAAAUUGCUUUCUUCAUGUGUCAUCUCCAUCGAAAUAUUCAGCAGAUUCAUUCGGAACAGUCCAGUAAGCAUGGAAAAUCAUUUACAGUGUACCGUGGAUACGGCUUGCCAGUGGUGGAUUUCGAAAAAUUGAGAAAAGCGAAAGGCGGACUACUCUCAUUCAAUAAUUUCUUGUCCACAAGCAAAGAUGAGAAAGUCGCGUCUAUGUUCGCUGAGAGUAACACGAAUGGCACCGAUUUGAUUGGUAUUCAUUUUAAAAUUACUGUUAAUGGGAGGAACUCAUCGGUUCCUUAUGCUUUUCUACGAGGUGGCCUCAGUAGUCAUCCGAACGAAAAAGAAGUUCUCUUUUCGAUGCAUACUGUUUUUCGUAUUGGUGAAAUUGAACAAAUUGGAGAUAACAAUCGACUUUGGCGCGUCAAUCUCACUGCGACUCAUGACAGAGAUCCACAGCUUAGCGCUCUUACUGAUCGAUUGGAGGAAGAGACUCAAAGAGGAUCGAAAGGAUGGUCUCGAUUGGGCAAAGUGCUACUUAAACUUGGUGAAGCCCGUGAAGCUGACAAAUUAUACGAGCUACUAUUAAAUGAAGAAUCUAAUGAGACUGAAAAGUCCUACUUUUACAGUCAACUUGGAUAUUGUAAAGUAGACCAAGGAAAAGCGGGCGAGGCAGUCAAAUUUUACAAAAAAGCAGUUGAAAUUGGGGAGAAAAAUCUUCAUCCAUAUGAUCACGUUUUGGCGAUUUAUUAUAAUAAUCUGGCAUCGGCGUAUGGAAAAAUAAGCGAGCAUUCCAAAGCACUCACUCUAUAUAGCAAAGCCCAGGAAAUAUAUGAAAAGAAACCGGAUGAUAAAAAUGAAUUAUUAGCAAUGACUUAUAGUAAUAUGGCUUUCACUUACGAUUGUAUGGGUCAAUACGAACGGGCCUUAUUCUUCUAUAAAAAACACCUAGAUAUCAGCAAACAUAUUCUUCCUUCAAACCAUCCCGACUUGGCGACUACUUACAGCAACGUCUGCUUAGUAUACAACAAUCUGGGUAAACACGCUAAAGCACUCGAUUCUGUCGAAAAAGCACUUGAAAUUCAGGAGAAGAUUCUUCCAUCAAAUCAUCCCGAUUUGGCUACUAGCUACAAUAACAAAGGUUUAGUGUAUGUUAGCUCAAAAAAUUAUUCAAAAGCACUUCCGUUCUAUCAAAAAGCUUUGACAAUCCGGGAAAAAAUCAAUCCGCCAAACUAUUCCGAUUUAGCUCAAUCCUAUAACAAUAUGGGAGACUAUUAUCACCAACAUGAGAAAGAUUAUCCUAAAGCACUUUCCUUCUAUGAAGAAACGCUCAAAAUUCGACAAAAUGCUGACCUUCAAAACCCACAUGAUUUAUAUAUCUGUUAUAAUAACAUUGGUCUAGUGCAUACCGACAUGAAUAAGCAUUCUGACGCGCUUUCCUUGUUUAAAGAAGCAGAGAAAUUCCUGGAGAAAGCCGUUCGUAAAGAUCAUCCUGAUUAUGCUAUCUUAUACAACAACAUCGGAGGUACACUGACAAGAAUAGGUGAUUAUCGAGCGGCACUUUCAUAUUGCAACAAGGUAUUAGAAAUUCGAAAAAACUUAUUGCCUGCAAACGAUCCCAAACUAUUAAUCUGGUAUUAUAGAAUCGCAAUGCUGUGGUACAAAUUAACGAAUCAGAGAUAA